UGAGUGCAGGAUGGGGGAACAAAGGUGGACAAACUACCACCGAAGGAGCACAUGUGUCCCCCACCAGAGGUACUACCCUCCCCUAAAACUUCGGCAGAUUAUGGUAACUGGGUUGCUUUACUUCAGGGGGCUGGGCUAAAGACACAUCCCCACUCCUUGCCUAGGCGAUAUUGCCUGAAGAGGGCUUUUAACAGCUCCAAAAGAGAAAUAAGACAAAUCCCUAUCUAGUCAGUCCUCUGAGAGAGAAACUGCAGCUCUGGUCACCGUCACCAGCUCAGCUUCUGGAUCCCAUGGAGAGAUGGGGGUGAGUCACAGGAGGGGCAAAUUAUAGUUCUAGAGAAAGAAAGAAAAAAACACAGUAUAAUGACAGGAGUUCAGAAAUGAAAAACGUUGGCAGCAUUAAGAUAAAUCAAAUAAGUGCAAAUAAGUUUGGAUGGAUGUAAUAACGGAAUAGUAAAUGGUUUAGUUUAUGUAACAUAUGCAGGGGUUUACGAUAUGCAAAAUGAGCCAUGGAAAGAGAAGAAGGGAAGUAAUUGAUAUUUUAAGGAUGUUUAAAUGAGUAUUCUAAACAGUAAAACAGAAAAUGUAAUAAAAAUGAUAAAAAGGAGUUCAGAAAUGAGGAGGGGCAAGUAGGGAUGAGCUCCUUGUUUUUUGAGGGGGGCACUUGUGUGUGUGUGUGUCGCCCGCCUGUGGCUCCGCCUGUGACUGACCACUAUAUUACCGGCUCCCCAAAAGCGCACCCUUCAAUUCCGUUCGCACCGGCUGAGGAGACACGUCUUCGCCGCCCUUUCCCGGCAUUCGCUGCUCCUCCCUUCGCGUCUCGCUGCCUCUUUUCCUUCCGCUCCCUCAGCGCAAGGCGGCGGCGGGCGGACUCUGCCGCUUUCCCCGCGCGCGGCGGCGCCAUGGCGGACGGCGAGGCGGCGGCGGCGGCGGCGGCGCCUGAUCCAGGGCUUUCAGCUCGGGGAGCCGGCAUUGCCGGCAGCGCAAAAGGGCUGCUGCAGAAGGGCUUCGACAUGUACGUGCGAGAUCCGUUCGACGCCGCUCACAACCCUCAGGGCAUUUUGAAUUUUGGAACAAGUGAGAACAAGCUUUGCUUUGAUUUAAUACAGGAAAGGCUCGUAAAACCUGACAUGGCUUAUCUGGAACCUCACUUACUUCAGUAUUCAGAUAUACAAGGCAUUAAAAGUUUUAGAGAAGAAAUUGCAAAGUUUCUUACGGAAUAUGCAAAAGCUCCAACAGCACUAGAUCCAGAUCAUUUUAUAGUUCUGAAUGGCUGCUGUGCCGUCUUUGCUACGCUGUCAACUGUGUUAUGUGAUCCUGGAGAUGGGUAUCUGAUUCCUACCCCAUAUUAUGGUGGAAUAAACUCCAAAGUGUGGCUGUAUGGUGGAAUGCAACCUAUCCAUGUGCCCUUGUUCAGUGAGGUGACUAAUGAAGAAAGUCGACCAUUUCAGUUAACUGUUGAAAAAUUAGAAACUGCACAUCAGAGAGCCAUAGAACAGGGCAUCAGAGUCAGAGCUUUAAUCCUGAUCAACCCUCACAAUCCAUUAGGGGACAUUUACCCAGCACAGUUACUGAAAGAAUGUCUAGACUUUGCACACAGACAUAAAUUACAUGUAAUAAUGGAUGAAAUUUAUAUGCUGUCUGUAUAUGGUGAUGCCACAUUCACAAGCAUUCUUAGCUUGGAGAGUUUACCAGAUCCAGACCGGACACACUUUAUGUGGGGAUUUAGUAAGGAUUUUGGCAUGUGUGGCAUCAGAGUUGGAGUAUUAUACACCAGAAAUCAUGAGGUCAGGAAAGCAGUUAAUCAGCUGGCUGUUUUCCAUGGUUGUCCUGGACCAGUGCAAUAUGUUCUCAGCCAGAUCCUUCGUGACAGAGAAUGGCUGGAUAAUGUGUUUUUCCCAACCAAUAAAAGAAGACUUAAGGAAGCACAGAACAUUCUUGUGGAUGGUCUUGCAGAGAUGGGAAUACCUGUUUUUAAAAGCUCAGGAGGAUUAUAUGUGUGGGCUGACUUCAGAAAAUUCUUAAAGUCACAGACAUUUGAAGCUGAAAUGGAUUUAUGGUGGAAAAUUCUUGGUGAAAAGCUGCUCAUUAGUCCUGGGAAAGCCUUUUGCUGUUACGAACCUGGAUGGUUUAGGCUGGUCUUCUCAGAUUCUAUAGACAGAAUCUACCUGUGUAUUCAGAGACUUCAGCAAAUGCUACGUGAUAAAAUAGAUGAACCUAUAGCUUCAUCUCAUGAAGAAAACGAGCAUAUUGAAUUAGAUGAUGAAACCUCAGCCAACUACAUAAAUACAUCAGUGGAUGAUGUCUCAGAAGGAUAUUCACACUUGAAGAAAAUAUCUGUCUUCUAAGAACCUGAAUGCUAAAACAAAGCAUGGCAUAUUUAUAUUUACUGUAACUCUGACUCCCCUUUGUUUUGUUUCGUAUGGCAGGCAGGCAUUAACAUUUUGUUGUAACCUAUGGUUACUAAUUUGACUAUGGAGAUUCUACUUAUUUGCAACCUGGCAGACUUUCUGUCCUAUAUUCUCCUCAUUGGAAUACUUAGUUCUGUUCCUCAGAACACUAUGGGCCAAAUUAGAUGCAACAGUGACUUCUACCCAGCUGUUUUUUCCCUAGAGGAAUUUCAAAGCUAAAGGUAACCCCUGUUAGGACAAAAAUAGGUGGGAAAGGUGCAAGGGAAACAUCAUUGGAGGAGGGAGAGGUUCAGCACCUCCCAUUUGUCCCCAGGAUACUGUAUUAUUGACCAUGCUUAAACUAUAUGCACAGAGUUGAAACUAGGCCAUUCUCCUCCUCCUCCUCUCCCCCUUUAUAGAAUUCAAAUUAGGUCACACCACCAUCUUAUUUUCAAGUAUUUGAAUUUCAUUAAUAUUCAGGUCAAGCAUGUGACUGAUGCUUUGAACAUGGACAAUCUGCAGAAUAGAGCUGAAUCUUGCACAUUAUCUUGCAUAUAUCUCUUGGUUCAUAUAGGGCACUGGAUAGCUCAGUUGGUUAGAGUGUGGCAUUGAUAACACCAAGGUUGUAUGUUCAAUCACUGUAUGGAAUGGUUGCGUAUUCCUGCAUUGCAGGGAGCUGGACUUAGAUGAUCUUCAGGAUCCCAACUCUACAAUUCUAUGAUUCUAAACAUUGGUCCAAAAAGCUAUAUACUUUGUAUGUAAAUACAUUAGAAAAUGUUGACUCAGUUGAUAAUUGGCUGUUAAUAACUAGUUGCCAACUCACAGACUGUUUUUAUAAUGCACAGAAAGUAAUCUAAAACAAAGAAGCUUGGAUUUUCUAUAUGGGUGUUAUCACUGUAACUGCUUUCUAAGAAAGUGUCUAAAUCUUGUUUUCAUUCUGUUGCUGAAAAGGGUUUAUUUGUACAUUUUGCUGUUGCAUAUCAUUCUUGCAAAAUCCUUGCACUCUCAGAUAAGUUUUGCACUCUUAACAUAAAUAUUUUUUUAAAACAUA